UUCAGUUCCUUAGCAUUCUUUCUUCUCUCCCUCCCAUACUCUCUCAGCUCGCCCAUUGGAAUCAUCUGAGAAGGGUUCUUAUGAUAGGUCAAGCAGGAGCGAUGCCGCCAGGCCCUGGAGCUCCUGCUGCUCCAUCGGCCGGCGUGGGGCGGGAUUGGUCCCGCCGGGCACCAAGAUGUCGCGGCACCAAGAAGGUGAGCAUCGUCAGUCGCCAGGUUGACGUGGUGAGGCUCAAGCAGAAGAUAGUGCUCGGAGGCUCUGCUUGUUCUUCCACUGUCUCCAGCAGCCGGGGUUGGAGCUCAAACAUGGCUAUGGCGUCGUCUUUCGCCGACUCUCUUGAGCGGUCUAUCCGGGAUGUGGAAACUGAGAUCGCGGAGACAAAAGGCCAAUUGAAGACGGAGCAGGAUCCCGACCAGAAGAAGUUCCUGCAGAUGAAUUUGUUGCUGCUGCGGGAAAAAGAGUUGCUGGUCAUGAAGAAAGAGAGGCAGCUGCGGGAGGAAGAGCUCAAAUCUAAUGGGGCGCUAACCCGGAAGAAUGUUGACGACGUCUGUGCUGAAGUUUGGAAACGGGUGAAAGAACAUCUUCUUUCCAUGCCUCCGGAGCAACAUUUCAAGCGUUCUUAUUCACGUAGCAGCAAGGAGUUAUGUACCUUGAAUGGCCAGGCGGUUAUGUUGCUAGAGGGGUUGAAGGAUGGAGAUUAUAUCGGGUCUGCGUCAGAGGUGCUUAGGAGCCUGGAGUAUACAGACCUCUGCUUCUUGGUUGGCGCUUCUGGCAGUGGCAAGACAAGGACGCUCUACGAAAUAUCUUGUCAGAGGGACUCCAUUUACUUGACGGGUGUUAUGGGUAGCGGAGCAGGGGAUGAAGGUUCUGGAGAUCUUAAUCACGUUGCAACAGAAUUGGAACGUUUGUAUCCUGAGGGAGUCAUUCCAGAAGUGGCCUUAAUGGUGUGCCUGGCAGCAGUUUUCAUAUCCAGGUUUUACAUUUUGAGAGAAGCUCGCUCUGCAGGCGUCGACGUUACCCCGCUCGCCUGGCUUUUUAAACAAGUAUACUUUCCACACUUGAAUUAUCCAUGGCGUGAUCCAUGGUGGCAGCUGACGAAGGGAAUACUCAGUCUGAUCCGCAAUUCAUCCGACAUUCAAGAUGCAAGCACCAUCUUUUCUGACAUGCUCGUUGAGCUGAAAGGACAGGUAGACUGGGACGGCGUUGUGGUAAUAGACGAAUGCCAGGAACUAUCACGUUUACUGGUGAACAGGUUUAGGAGCGAGACUAUGAAUGAGGUGAACCGGUCGAUGCUAGACAAGCUCGUCUUGGCUCUACGUGCGAUGAACUUCAAAGAGACCAUAAUAUCUGGGACAUGCCGGCACUUGGUAUGGAUGGUGGACUCGCUUUCAGGCUCCGUGAAAGACACACUUAGCUAUUAUGUGUACUCAGACUUUGGGGAAUUUUCUAGUGCUGAAUCUAUCAAGGAGUACACAAUGAAGUUUGUGAAAGAUGUGGAAGAUUUCGACUUCAGCACGAUUUUUGGUGUUUACAGAGGCAGAUACAAGUUUUACGUGACAGUGUUGCAGAUGUUCUUACGGGAUUCAGAGGAGCAGCCAUUGGUCGCUACAGACUAUUUCUUGAAGAAGGCAGAUGAUUUGUGUAGGCGACCAGGCGCUGACCUCUCCAUCAACAGAUCUGUGUGGGACGAUGUUGUGAAGUUCUUUGCGCUACCAUCAUUCCAUCCCGGGUGUUGGGAGGUGGUCAUAACUUUAUUGCUGCUGCAGGUGUACACGGGAGUUCCUGUAAAACUGGCAGUCACGGACAGUGAUUUAAAAUUUGUGCAAGCAGGGAUCGGCAGGCUGAGAAAGACUGUGGACAAGCCUUUGCAUUUCAAACCGGAUACAGAUUUCUGCUCGGCUCCUCCUCAGAAUGGAGCACAGGUCUCCCUUCGAACUGUUGAGAUUGGAGAACCACUCGUGGUGAGGGCUUUGUGGAACUAUCUCACAGCCAGUGGAGACAUGCAGAAGAAGCUGAUCAACGAUAUGGGUGUUUGCAGCAAGUCCGAGCUAGGGGUAAAGUUUGAAGCGUACUCCGUUCCCUUGCUUUUGGAGUUUCUGGAGAAUAAGGCGCCAGUGGAUUUUAUCCCAAAGGUCUACAAGGAAAAAGUGGACGAGGUCUACAAGCAUCCGCUACAAGUGCCAAGGUCAAACAACUGUGAGAUGGUACAGCGAAUGCCUGAAGAGGAUGAUGGGACAAUCUUUCUGACAUGGCUCAAUCAGUUUGAGGAGGUCUUACAAGGAAAUCAACAGGUAUCUUUUAAACCUUUUCUCCACAGUGGAGACAUGACUCGUUUUGGACCUGAUAUGGUAGUGGCUUGCAUCGGAAAAAUAGGAAAGAAGAAAGUUCCUGUCUUCUCGCUCUACCAAUACAAAGUUAUGUCAAGGACAGAUCUGACGAGUGCCUUGGACACAUUGGACAUUGAUGAUCUGUUCUUGCACAAGGGUUCCGGGGGAAGAUCACAAGUUGAAGAGAUGGCUGUCAACAAGCUCAAGCAACUUGUGCAUUGUGGAGGGCUCUUGAAGUGGAUUGUCUGCCUUACUACAGACAUUAGUGAUCUUCAGAAGAACCGCAUAUAUGCUUCUACACGCAGGAAUGUUCCAAAGAUUCACAAGGGGAAAUAUAUAUGUGAGAAUUUAAAGACUACAGGCCUUAUUGGGAUAAUUGAUAAGAAUAUGCAGGUGAUGGCGGAAGAAAAUGCAUGGUUUCUUAAUGCUAUACAAUAUCUAAAACAUGAGGAUUAA